AUGCCUCUGUAUACCAAGUUCUUGAAGGAGCUCAUCAACAAGAAAAGAAGUUGGCUGGAGAAGGAAACCGUGCUACUCACUGAAGAAUGUAGCGCUGUGAUUCAAAAGGGAAUCCCACCAAAGCUUAAAGAUCCAGGGAAUUUUGUAGUUUCAUGCACCAUAGGCAAAAUUACAUUAGACAAAGCUCUUUGUGAUCUUGGAGCUAGUAUCAACUUAAUGCCCCAAUCCAUGAUGAGGAAGCUUGCUAUAGAAGAACUCAAACCCACCAGGAUGUCAUUAGUUAUGGCUGAUAGAUCAAUCAAGACACCCAAUGGAAUUGUGGAGAAUCUAUUAGUGAAGGUUGGGGAGUUUAUCUUCCCUAUGGACUUUGUAAUCUUGGACACUGAAGAGGAAGGAAACAAUUUGAUCAUAUUGGGAAGACCAUUUCUAGCAGCCGCAAGAGCUAUCAUCGACGUGGAAAAUGGAGAAAUGAUCUUCAGAGUGCACAAUGAGCAAAUGGUCAUAAAUGUCUUCAGAUCAAUGCAACAUCCCCCCGAGCAAGAGGAUUACUUGAGAGUGGAUAUGAUAGAAAGCUCAGUGGAAGAAAUGUUGGAAGAUACUCAUCAUGAUCAAGAAGAGGAAAGGGAUCAAUACACAACAGAGGAACAGGCAGCCGAGAUCUCUAUUGAACAAGAGGAGAAACAAAACAAGAAAGAAGAAGGACCAAAACAGGAACUGAAGCCAUUACCCACUCACCUCAAAUAUGCAUUCCUUGGCACAUCAGAGAGUUUCCCAGUGAUCAUCAAUUCUGCCUUGACUAAAGAAGAAGAGGGAGAACUUCUUGGUGUACUUAAAGCUCACAGGGAUGCUUUAUGA